AUGGGUUGGCUGGAAGCAUCAAACUGGCAGCUUCACGUUUCCUUGAUCGUGCUACUCUCCAUGCACAUGAAGGGUAAGGAGAAAAAAGUGUUCCGCAAUCCUAUGGACCAGGGUGUGCUGGCCACUUUCAAGGCUUGUUACCUACGGAGGACAUUCUCCAUGCUGAUUAAGGAGACGGCAGGUGAAGGAAAGCCCAGUGUAGAGGAGCUCUGGAAGUCCUUCAACAUCAUGAACGGCGUGGAAAACAUUGAUCCGUCAUGGGAAGAAGUCACUUCGCAAUGUAUGAAUGGUGUUUUGCGCUGUGCAGUGCUAGAUGCUGUCCACAGCUUCAUAGAAUUUGAUGCCAUUUCUGCUUUCGAGCAAGGAAUUGUCAAGUUGGGGAAGGAUAUUGACUUUGAGGAGGUGGAGGAAGAUGAUGUACAGGAGUUGUUGGAGUUUCACGCUGAGCAACUGACAAAUGAGGAACUGAUUGAGCUGGACCAACAACGGAUAUCUGAAGAAAGCAAGGACGAUGAUGAGGGUGACAUAGGGCAGGAAGCCAGGAGUCUAAUGACAAAGACUGAUGGCUACUGUUUCACCACAGUAGGAGAUGAAGAAUCUGGAGGACAUACAAUUGCCUCAGGAUGCCUACGCUUCGAAGGCUUAGACAUCCAAUGCCGGGAUAUGCUGAUAAUACAUGAGAGAAGAACUCUUUCUAUUGCGUGCUGCAGAGACAAAGAUUUCUGCAAUGAAAACCUUCACCCAGCACUGCCACCUCUGAGAAAUAGCGAUUGUUUUGAAGGAAACAUUGGUCAUAGGGCCUUGCUGAUCUCAGUGAUCGUUUGCAAUAUACUCCUGGUACUUCUCAUCAUAUUCUGGUACUUCAGGCAAAAAAGGCAAGCAACCAGACCUCAUUACUGCAUUGGAGUUGAACAGGAUGAGACUUACUUUGCUCCAGGGGAAACCCUGAAAGACUCAACUCAAUGGUCUCAGAGCAGAGGAAGUGGGUCUAGUUUCCCUAUGGUCGAAAUUACUAUAGCAAGGCAGAUUGAGAUGGUGAAACAGACCGGUAAAGGUCGCUAUGGAGAAGUUUGGAUGGGAAAGUGGCGUGAAGAAAAGGUAGCUGUAAAAGUGUUCUUCGCCACUGAGGAGGCCAGCUGGUUGAAAGAGACUAAAAUCUACGAGACUGUCCUGUUGAGGCAUGAAAACAUUUUGGGGUUCAUUGCUGCGGACAUUAAAUGUACGGGGACUUUGACCGAACUGUAUCUUAUCACAGACUACCAUGAGCAUGGCUCCCUGUAUGAUUAUCUGAAAUCCACUCCCUUGGAUACAAAAGCCAUGCUAAACCUGGCCUAUUCUUCUGCUAGCGGCUUGUGCCACUUGCACAUGGAGAUCUUCGGGACUCAAGUCAAGCCAGCUAUUGCCCACCGAGAUCUGAAAAGUAAGAACAUCCUAGUGAAAAAGGAUGGAACCUGCUGUAUAGCAGACCUAGGCUUGGCAGUUAAAUGGUUUAGUGAUAAAAAUGGGGUGGACGUACCACCUAAAAAACUGGUAGGCACAAAGCGCUAUAUGGCUCCUGAGGUGUUGGAUAAAAGUUUGAAUAGGAAUCGCUUCCAGUCAUAUCUCAUGGCUGAUAUGUACAGUUUUGGACUCAUCCUUUGGGAGGUAGCAAGGAGAUGUGUGUCAGAAGGAAUAGUUGACAAAUACCAGCUUCCAUACCAUGAUCUUCUGCCCACCGACCCCUCCUGCAAGGACAUGUGGGAGAUCGUGUGUAGAAAGAAGCUCCGUCCUGCAUUACCCAGUAGAUGGAGAAGUGACGAGUGCCUGAGACAAAUGGAAAAACUCAUGACAGAGUGUUGGGCUCAUGACCCUGCUUCUCGGCUCACAGCCCUGCGAGUAAAGAAAACACUUGCCAAAAUGAUGGAGUCACGGGACAUUACAAUCUGA